UCGGACCAAUCGGAGUUCACGGUGAAACUUUGUAAACAACUCUCACGCUGUUUUUCAGCCCUUCUGCUUUUAUUUACUACGACGCGGCGCGACGCUUUUGCAGCCAAGUGAGCCCAAAACAGCCGCUUGUGAUACUGCAUUUAUGAAGACAAGCGGAUCCGAGGUCAGGCUCUUUCUUGGCACACAUGAGUGACAUCCUAAACAGAGCUGAAAUGACCAGCGAAGAUCUGAGCCCACCUGUUAUCAGCCCAAGCAUUUAAUGAAUGGGAUCCUACCAGUGGGAUGUGCUCAGAACUCGCCUCGGGAGGUGAUCUCAGUGAGAGCACCAGCACCAUGGAGCUGCUUUGCCUCGAAAUGGACACCAUCCGAGCUCGUCCCGAUCCGAAUCUCCUGUGCGAUGACAGAGUCCUGCAGAGCUUGUUGACCAUAGAGGAGAGGUUUCUACCCCAAUAUUCCUAUUUCAAAAGCGUCCAGAAAGAUAUUCAGCCGUUUAUGAGGAGGAUGGUCGCUACUUGGAUGUUGGAGGUUUGUGAGGAGGAGAAGUGCGAGGAAGAAGUUUUUCCCUUGGCCAUGAACUACUUAGACAGAUUCUUAGCAGUGGUACCCACCAAAAAGUGCAACCUGCAACUGCUGGGAGCAGUGUGCAUGUUUCUCGCAUCCAAAUUGAAAGAGACUCGUCCAUUAACCGCAGAGAAGCUUUGCAUCUACACAGAUAACUCCAUCAGACCACAAGAGCUGCUGGAAUGGGAACUGGUGGUGUUGGGGAAAUUGAAGUGGAACUUGGCAGCAGUGACACCGAACGACUUCAUUGAGCACAUUGUGAGGAGGCUGCCGCUGCCCGAGGACAAGCUGGCACUUAUACGCAAACAUGUCCAAACCUUCAUCGCCCUCUGUGCCACAGAUUUCGGAUUCGCCAUGUAUCCUCCCUCCAUGAUUGCCACAGGAAGUGUGGGGGCAGCGAUCUGCGGCCUACAGCUGGAUGCAGCUGACCAGUCACAGUGGGGCGACAGUCUGACAGACCUGCUGGCCAAAAUCACAAACACAGAAGUGGACGUUCUCAAAGAGUGCCAGGAGCAGAUUGAGCGCGUGCUGGUGAGCAGCCUGCGUGAGGGCCGGCAGCAGCAGCAGCAGACGCAGCAGCAGACGCAGAGAGGCCCCAGCGGGAAAGGCCUGGACGAGCUGGAUCAAUCCUCCACCCCGACAGACGUCCGGGAUGUCAACCUGUGAACCACCAGAGGGCGAUAUUGCACAGGAUCUAC